UCCGUCUCUCUCUGUAUGACGACCUUUCGAGUGAUACGGUAAUGACUGAUAACAGAAAAUCAUAUGUUCGUGGAUACGAAUACGAAAGUCGUCAAGCCUUUUUUUUCGACAUUAAUUAACACAGUGGAUUAAGAUCAGUUCAGCCCAUCGGGCAGUUGACAAAAAUGGCUCUGACCAACGUUCAUAGGAUUUUGUUUCGUGCGCCUCCGUCCACUCGGCACAUUGUAGGCAAGGCCCUGCAAGCGUCCCUUGGACCAAAACCGCCGAAACCUGCUCCGUUCCCGUAUAAAGAAAAGGACUACACGAUGUUCAGGAGUUUGUUCGACAAGACGACGUCGCGUUUUGAUGAAAACAGCAAAUUGAUCGUUCUCGAAGGCCCUGUUGGAAUUGGUAAGACGGCUGUUGGACAUCAGCUUGCUGAUUUAUUGGGUAUGCAUUUUAUGCCAGACAUUACAAUGGACGCGUAUUACAUAAAUAACUAUGGAUACGAUAUGCGAAAAUUAGACCCACAACUACCAGUCAAUUGUCGUAGUUUUGACGAGAAGAAUUUUCUUGAAAAUCCAGAACACUUUAAUGCUGCUUCAUUUCAAAUAAUCAAAUAUAAGUUACGUUAUGCUCAUUAUAUUGAUGCUAUUGCACACUUGUUGAAUACUGGAGAAGGUGUAAUUAUCGAACGCAGUCCAUACAGUGACUUUGCGUUUUUAGAAGCAAUGUAUAAAUGCAAGUAUGUCAGCAAAGCAGUACGUGAAAUGUACUAUAUACUGUACAAGCAUGCUAUGCCAGAUUUGCUACAUCCUCAUUUGGUUAUCUACUUGGAUGCACCAGUACCAAGAUUAUUAGACCUUAUAAAAGAAAGAAAACUACCUCAUGAAGUUAAUUCUAAGGCAAUGAAUACUAAGUAUUUAGAAGCUAUGGAUAACGAAUUGAAAUAUAAAUUUUUAAGGGAUAUCAGCAACCGAUCUGAGGUAUUAGUUUACGAUUGGUCAGAAGGUGGAGAUGCAGAAGUAAUUGUUGAAGAUUUAGAACGUUUAGAUCUCGACAACUAUGAUGAAAAUGAUCCCAAGAUAGAAGACUGGAGUUAUUCCAGAGAACAAUAUUGGGCUGAUGUACGAAUGAAAUAUACCAAUUGUAAAGAAGAUUUAAUUUCUAAUUUUAACGUCCCUCUUGUUGAUGCUCCAGAACUUCUUAUACCUGGUGAAGAAGCCGAAGUUCUUACACAUGCUUGGUUCAAAGCCGAAGGAAAUACACACGCAGAUGGUUAUGAUCCGAAAUACCAUAGCUUUACAGAACUACUAUUCAAAAACAAGUCUAAGAAAGGUUGGAGUCCGGUAUCAUGAAGUGAAAACACAUCUAUGAUUUUGUAUAAUUUUAUUCAUAAACCAUUGCUUAGCUAAGACAAAAAUACUCGUUGUCCCGUUCUGUUUAAUAUAAUUUGCAUUGUAUUGUUUAACAUUUAAAUACAAUAUUUACAUAUUAUUAGUAUAAAAUAUGAAUUAUGAUUAUUAAUUAUUAUUUUAAUAAAACGUUUAGUGUCUAUUCGUUGUAAA